GUUGUUAAUGUUCAAUUAAAAUUUUCGUCUAUCGCAGCCACCAGACGCGACUUUUUUAGAGCAAAUCAUCUCUCCCGGGCGCCCUCGCAGUUCUUGCACUCCUCUCAAUCGCAAAUCGAAAUUCUUCAAGGUUUAUCCUAAUCGAGACAUUUAUGGCUUCCUUCAAAGCAUUUUUGAACAGCCCUGUUGGUCCCAAAACAACUCACUUCUGGGGUCCCGUAGCAAAUUGGGGUUUUGUGAUUGCGGGGCUCGUGGACAUGAAAAAACCUCCGGAAAUGAUUUCUGGCAACAUGACUGCAGCGAUGUGCGUGUAUUCUGGGCUGUUCAUGAGGUUUGCUUGGAUGGUACAGCCUCGUAACUAUCUUCUACUCGCCUGCCAUGCUUCCAACGAGACAGUGCAACUUUAUCAGCUCUCCCGGUGGGCUAAAGGUCAAGGGUACUUGGGAGAGAAGAAGGAAAAGGUCACAUCCGAAUGAUCCAAUAUCGAUUUUUGGGAAUGAUCUCAAUUUGGGAUAAUGUAAGAUUGAAGAUGGCUACUUUGACAUGUGGGUUAUUUGUGAUCUUUUUUAUUCUGUGGGUACUAACAAAACUUUGUGAUUUCGAAAGAUAAUCGUGUUCUUAUUUCGCCAAAAUAAUGAAUUGUAUUGAUGAUCAAGAGGCACUACGAAAAAAUGUUUUAAGAGAAGUUUUUAGUACCCAAAUUUAAGGUUUUGUUUUUGGUUGUCAUUUGAGUUUAAGGUUUAGCGUUUUUAUUUUAUUUUAAAUUCAAAACUAUGCCAAAGAAUAUAUGGGUUGCUUUAUGGACAAUAUUAUGGAUCUGCUUUA